AUCCCAGGAGCAGGAGUGAUCCCUGAGUAAAAGUUCCUCGUAAUUUUCGUCUUUUGGAAGAACUUGAAGAAGGUCAGAAGGGAGUAGGGGAUGGAACAGUUAGCUGGGGCCUUGAAGAUGAUGAAGAUAUGACACUUACGAGAUGGACAGGAAUGAUUAUUGGGCCUCCAAGAGUGGACCCCAGAGCCAUAUCAGUCCUAGCAAAAUGGCAGAAUUCUUAUAGUAUCAAAGUUGUUCUGCAAGAGCUUCGGCGUCUAAUGAUGUCUAAAGAAAAUAUGAAACUUCCUCAGCCACCUGAAGGACAAUGUUACAGCAAUUAAUUAAAAAAAAAAACCAACAUGUCCCCCUUAUUCAAUUUAAGCUGUCUUCAUUUUCCACAGUAGUAAAUUUUCUAGAUGCAUCUUGUAGACCUCAAAAUACUGGAAAGGAAGUUCCCAUUCAAAGGAAGUUUUUCUUGAGAUACUGUAAAUGAUACUAAUUUUUUUUUCAUUUGAAAUAUAAGUUGUGCUAUAACAAAUAAUCCUGUAGUGUAACCACUGUCCACAUAGCUGAACUUCUGGUAUCAGGAAAAGUCUAUUUAAAUUUAUUACUGUCAAGACCAGUGUGGCACAUCCAACUUAACUGUGAAAGGAUCCAUCCCACAAUCACCUUGCUGUGUGUCUGGCCUGGGUUAUUUUUUUCUUUCUCUGUCUUUUGCAAUAGAGUCGAAGCUCAGGGCUAUUUAUUAGAGUAGACACAAAGGUUUUUGCUUCCAGUACUACACUGGGCUGUAUGGACUACUACUGGGGAUGUGUGCUAACCUCAGUCAUCCCUCCCUUUGUGCUCGCUCUAGUAAAGGCUGAAUGUGACUGUAGUCA